CAAAAUCAAUAAAGUGACUUCUAAUGUAAAACAACUUGCCCCAAAAUGGAAGCACAAAUUUCGGCAGUUUGUCAGUUUUGUGAAACUUCAAGAGAGAUCAAUUGGAGAUGCUUAAAUUGCGACUUGUUUCUAUGUCGAAUUUGUAAUUCAAAAAUUCAUUCUAAAAUAAGGUCAUCUGUAGAACAUAAAAUAAUUCACUUAGACCAAUGUGGAACAGAAAAAACGAUCAAUAAUAUUAGAAAAUUGGACUUGAAACAAAUGAAGUGUACAACCCACCAUGACAGAACGUGCUGCAUGUUCUGUAAAAAUUGCAACCAGCCAAUAUGUCCUUCUUGUAUCUUAAAUAUUCAUCAAAACCAUACCUUCUGUGAAAUUGACGAUGCUUACGAGGAGAAGCUCGCUGAUAUAGAAAAUUUGAAGGUCGAAAUCAAAAGUAGCAUUACUUUUUUGAAAAGUGAAGAAACACUGUUGCAAGAAUGUGAAUUAAAAAGCAAAAAUCAUCAUAUUGAAAUCCGAACUUUAAUCCUUAGCAGAGAAGAAGAUAUGAAACAAGAUAUUGCCAUGAAAACCAGAUAUGUUUUAGAUGAACUAGAAACUGAAUGGCAUAAUACAGAACACUCAAUAAACAGUGAUAUUGAGUUGUGCUCUAAAACUAAAAGUAAGCUGCUUAAAAGAAAAGACAAUAUAUACCAGACCCUUAAGUCACAUGAUCCAAGACUUGUUUUUGACGAAUGUCUUUCUGACAUUAAGCAAUUACAUCAACCAAUGUUUGGCAAACGUGCCAGCCUAUUUCAGCUUUUUCCACAACAGAUAGAAACCAGAGGAAUUCUUGGAGACCUUACUGAAAAGCCUAUAAUAGAGAAUAUUACCGUUUAUCCAACCGAUAUGAAAUGCAUCAGUUGUUUAAGUCACUGUGAAGCAGAACAACUCUUGAUAUGCAACAACUCUGAAGAUAUUCUGAAGAAAGAGGACCUGAGUUAUGACACAUACAAAACUCUGAAAACUUUAAAAGACAUAAGGGUGAUGGAUAUCUCACAGACAAAAGAUGGACAUGCAAUAUUAUCCGUAGGUGAUGAUUUAAAAAUUUUAACAAAAACUGGACAGUUAAAAACAUUUCUUCAUUUAGACUUGAUAACCUUGUGCGUACAUGUAAAUAAUGAAAAUGAACUGUUUGUGGGAGCACUUGUCAAAGACCCAGAUCACUGGCGAGGAGAAUUAGGUAUUGUACUAGUUUUAGAUGAGCACGGAAAUACCACAUGUACAUUUGAUAAAAGAAAUAUUGUUAAUGACGGUGACAGCGAUUAUAUAUACUAUGAUGACAGUUAUGAUGAAGAUGAGGAAGUUGAUAUGUUCGACUAUCCAAGUAGAGUUUUAAACACGAAAAAAGAUGAUAUAUUAAUCAUAGAUAACUCAAAUCUAAGUACAUAUGCUGGAAAAGUUGUACUUUUAAAUCGAUCAGGUGAUAUUGAACGGGAAUAUAAUGGUUGUGAAUGUGAAAAUUGCAAUGAUUUCAAUUUUUGUCCCUUUGACAUUGCAGAAACUCAUUCCAAUUUGAUUUUAGUAAGCGACAUUGGGAAACAUUCUAUUCAUGUACUUGGAAAAGCACUUUUAACAUGUAGUUUUGUAGAUGAUAUAGGAAUAGAUUACCCUCUUAGCUUAUGUAUAGAUGCUGCUGGAAAGUUGUGGAUUGGAUGUGACAUGUCAGCUGAUGAUGAUGAAGCGGCAAAAAUAUACUGUAUCUCAUUUAAUUGAAUUUUAAAGUUAGAUCGGAUUCGUUUAUAAUGCAAAAGAAAGCAAAUAAUUCUAUAAAACAUUUUUUUCAAUCAGAAUGUUACUAGUAUCGUUCAGCUUCGGGAAAGGGGGGAGGGGGUCUGACGCCCACAAUACCCCCUGCCUAAAAAUUAUUUUCCAAUGGAUACGCCAGUGACCACAGACCCAUUUAAAGAGGUCAAUGUCAAGAAACACCUUGACGAAAAUACAUCUUUAACAAAUCUUUUUAAAUAUACAUUUACGAGGAAAUGAUGUGUUAUUGAGAAACUAAAUUCAUUCAGGCAUUUAACCCUUGAAAGAGAGGCUAAAGAUACCAAAGGAAUAUUCAAACUCAUAAGUCGAAAACAAAUGGACAAUGCCAUGGCAAAAAACGUUUAACGACAAACAAGAGGUUGAUGUCAGGUGCUCCGGAAGGAUAGACAGAUCCCCCGCUCCACAUGUGACACCCGUCGUGUUACUCCUAGAUAAUAUGAUUAUAAGUUGUCAAGUGAUUAGCCAUCAAGCAAUAGCAGAUUUGUACUUGGCUCUUAUAUAACCCUAAGACAUCACCACAUUCAUAAACCAUCAGUCAUGUAAAUUUUCUACCACUGAAACUUGACCUAAUGUGAAAUUUUGAAUUGAAACCAGUUGCCCAUGAGAAAAUAUAGACAAGACUGUUAUCGGUAUAUACAACACAGACAUUAAAAAAUAAAAAGCACAAAGAACAACACUAAAAAAACUAAAGACUGAGCAACAGGAACCCCUUUAAAACAAAACUAAGGGUGCUUCGGAAAGGUAAGCAGAUCCUGCUCCACAUGCAACACCCGUCAACCAACUGAUGAAGGUGUCCGUAAAAUUUGAGAAGGGGUGAUUUCAACUCUACCACUUGGAACUCUUGGUUUAAUAGCUUCCUUAUAAGCAGCAACCCUCAAUCAAGUUAAAUCACAAUAGGAAAUGCAAGCUCUGGAAUAUCGUAUCAAUUGGGAGAUAAAUACCCUAUAUACAGACGCUGCUGAAAUGUUGCUUCAUAGAAAUUUUCUAUAGAUAGAAUAGUAAUGAGCUAAGACUUCUUAGUGGAUAUAUUUAAGGAUCUUCAUUAUUUUGUUGUUAUACCAUCACAUUUCAAAACUGCUAUUGGAUUUCUACUUGAGUAUGGUUGGAUUGAUUUACGCUGCAGUUGGGAUUGGUAAAACUUUGUUCCUUUUUUAUUUUGAAAGUUUUCUGCCGUGUAGUUCCAAAAAUAUAUGCCUUCAGAUUUAAAUCAAUUUUUGCCUUAUCCCACAAUAACUAGGGGAUGCUUCCAUCAUUUUACUUCAUUGUUUACUAGUAAAUGCAGUUGUGACGUCAUGAAAUAUGCCCUUCAUAAUGUUUUUGUGAAAAAUUCAUUGAAUUUUGUAAUUUUUUCAUUAUUUUUAGACCCACAUACAUUCAGCACAUGCAAGAAUCAACUACAAAAAAUGUAUUAAUAAUUUACAGCAAUGUUUGUCUUUA